AUGAAAGCUUGCAUAGCUUCAAGGAUCGCGCCGGUGUGUUUGGGAGCGGCAGGGGCGAAAGCGGUGGUGGCGCAAAGUGACGCGAGGAUCUUUUUUAGUAACUCGGUGGUGACUGGGGAGAUUUAUUCUCUGGAUUCAGAGGUUAGGGUUUGUGAUGAGUCUAGCAAGAGGGAUGUCGCGACAGUGGAGUUGAGGGAAGGGGGUCGUGUUUUUGUUUAA